CACUGGCUCGGUGUUUUGAACGUGGUGUUGCCGGAGUCGCCGGCGUAGCGUGGCUCUUCUUGCUGUCCAAGCGGCGUAGCUGCCGUAGUUUCACCGAAUUUCAUCUUUCGACAAAGUUUCUUUGCCAUCGCGUUAUUGGUUCCAUUAGUUCAAGUUUCACAGGCUCAAGAUGCUGAAUAAUACAGCCAGCAUCAAGGACCGGGAGACGCUCUACAGACUCAUUAUUAGCCAAUUGUUCUACGAUGGCCAUCAGACGCUUGCAGUCAGCCUGUCCAACAUGGUGAAGGCGCACCCAGCGUGCCCCCCAUCCGACAGGUUGCUCAACAUAGUCAGUGCUGGCCUGCGAGCUGAACAAGAAUCAAAAGGCAACAAAGUUGCAAACUUGGACCAACCCUACAUGGGACCGGGAAUCGACUUGGAGUAUGAAACUGAAGCCGCCUCCCUUGCACCGGAACCUGCCUUGUACGAGACCUGUUACGUCACAUCACACAAGGCACAGUGCAGAGCAGGAACAUUCAGCCGUGAUGGGCAGCUUGUUGCAACUGGCUCGGCCGAUGCUUCAAUUAAGAUCCUCGACGUGGACCGCAUGCUGGCCAAAAGUGCCAUGCCCCCCGAGGUAGCAGCACAAGAGUCGGCACAGCAGAACAUGGAGACACAUCCUGUCAUUCGCACCCUCUACGACCACAUUGAGGACGAGCGCUGCAAAUUCGGAGUCCUCCCGCAACCUCAGCCGGCACAACUCGGCCAGCUCGCAGUCCGUCGGCGUCGCCGCCGCAACAGAAGGUCCCGCGGAAUCGCCUGCUGCGCUCCUCCUCCUCUCCUCCGGGUGCAUGCGGCCGGUGUAGUUGCAGUCAAGGACGACCAGCGUCCUGCACCUCCCGCAGGUAGCGGCGUCACCGGGGAGGGGAAGGAGGUGACGUGCCUCGAGUUCCACCCACGAGAGCAAAUUCUGGCAUCCGGCAGUAGGGACUACACUGUCAAGUUCUUCGACUACUCAAAGCCAUCUGUGAAGCGAGCAUUCAAGACAAUUCAUGAAGCGGAAAUGGUGCGAGCCCUAGCAUUCCACCCUUCUGGCGACUUUGUGCUGGUGGGAACCCAGCAUCCUACCAUACGACUUUACGACGUCAACACAGCCCAGUGUUUCGUGUCAAGCGUGCCUUCAGAUCAGCACAAGGGUGCCAUAAAUGCGAUUCGCUACAACAACUCUGGCAAGCUGUACGUCUCAGCUUCCAAGGAUGGUGAUCUGAAGCUCUGGGAUGGCGUGAGCAACAAGUGCGUCUGCACAUUCCCACAAGCCCACGACGGCAACGAGGUCUGCUCUGUGGUCUUCUCUCGUAAUGGCAAAUAUGUUCUGUCGAGCGGCAAGGACUCCAUUGUGAAGCUCUGGGAGCUAUCCAUGUCACGGUGCCUCAUUGCGUACACGGGUGCCGGAGCUACUGGAAAGCAAGUUCACAGGGCACAGGGCAUCUUCAAUCACACGGAGGACUAUGUUCUCUUCCCUGACGAGAAGACUACCAGCUUGUGCAGCUGGGACUCGAGAAAUGCUGAGCGGCAGCGUCUGCUUUCCUUGGGCCACAACAACACAGUCCGUCACUUGGUCCACUCGCCAACCGGCCCGGCCUUCCUGACCUGCAGCGACGACUUCAGGGCUCGUUUCUGGUACCGCCGUGUUGAGGCCGUUGACUGAGCACAUUGCGUUGUCCCAUCAACCGACGUCCAGUGCACAAAUCAUGCUUUGUUUGGUCACUUUGCCUCCACAGUCAUCCAUUCCCGAGACAGAAAAUGGCACACUAAGUGCAAAAUAAAGUGUGUCUUCUUA